GCGGGGCCGGGUGCGAAAGCGAAAGCGAAGGGGUCCUGGCCCCGGCGAUGGAAGCGGAGGAGGACUCCUUCGUGCAGCUGCCUUGCCCCUCGGGCCCGGGCACCGGCUGCUUGGGGCUCACCGCCGAGCACAUCCGGCAGGAGAUAGAGCGCUGCAAGGAGCUUUGCAGCGCUCUGGAGCAGGAGCAUGUGGACCUGCAAACGGCCACGGGAGCUGUAAAGCAAAGGACACGAGAGCUGAGGAAAGAGAGAGAACGCCUUUAUGAAAACUUCAAGCAGCGAAAGUAUUUAAACAGAGAGGAAGAGAUCUGCCUCCAGGACAGCAUUUUGCUAGCAAGGGAGAUGAAGACCACACUGAUGCAGAAGCAUCGGAUGCUGAGCAACAUACUGGAAGACAAAAGGAAGAAGGUCUUCUGGAAGGAUCCAGAGAUGAUGCUGCUGCCUGCCUUGCCAGAGAAGAGGAUGGCAUUUAAGGGACUUGUGACAAACAAGGAUGAGAACAAGCUGAUGCUUACCCCACUGGUCCACUACCCUUUGCAGGGGGGCUCAGCUCUCAUCACCUUUGAGAAGGCAGAGGUGGCCCAGAGGAUCAUAGAGGCGAAGGAGCACACGGUGGAGCUGAGCUGUGGGGAGGAGCUGGAGGAGCUGGACCAGUGCAGAGUGCGGGUGCAGGCAGCACCGGUGGAUGUACUGCUGCCAUCUGCCCUGGAGAUCAGGCUCACUCAGAACACCAGGAGCAUCAUCCUGUCUGACCUGCCCAUCCUGGACAUCCCCGAGGAGGCACUGCUGGACAAGUUGGUGGUCUUCUUCGGCAGGAAAAGGAAUGGGGGUGGCGAGGUGGAGAGCAGUGAGCUCCUGGACAACUCUGGCCAGGUGGUGCUGACCUUUGCAGAGGACAGAGUGGCAGAGCUGCUGAUUGAGAGAGGCCGCAUCCAGGUGCCCUUGGGGAAGCAAACAUACGAGCUCAAAAUAUCCCCGUGCCUGAGCGGGGAGGUCUCAAACCUGCAGCUCCAGCCCUCCCGCUGUCCCCGGACCGUCCUGCUCUCGGGGAUCCCGGACGUGCUCAGCGAGGAGCCCAUGAGGGACAUCCUGGAGAUCCACUUCCAGAAGCCGAGCCGCGGCGGGGGGGAGGUGGACUCGGUCGGUUACGUCCCGUUGGGCCGCCACGGGGUGGCCGUGUUCACGGGGGACGCGGAGCAGCGUCCCGGCGAUUAAACCGUGUGCGGGCAG